GGGGCUCGGCAGGGAGGAAGGGGCGGGGCAACGGGAGGAGGCGCUGGCUGGAGCGGUGAGAGGAGGGGAGGAGGAGGAGGAGGCGGCCGAGGACGAGGGGGGGGGGGGGGUUCGCGCGCGCGUUUUGGGCCUGCCUGGGAUUGCUAGGCCUUGAGCGGUAUAACGGGCCCCGAGCGGCGCCGGGGAGGCGGCGGAGCUUCGUGGCCGGGGUGAGCGCGGGGGAAGUGGGCAGCGGCGGCGGCGUGUCUCCGUCGCAGCGCGGGAAAAAGGAGGCGAUGGCGGGCGCGAGCGUCCAGGCGCGCGCAGCUAUGGCGGCCCGCGGAGGAGGGGAGGCGGGGAGGGAAGCGGCGGCGGCGGCGGCCCGGCUCUCGGGUUCUCCGCUGCCGGUGGAAGGUCCCGUCGUCCGAGUGGCACUGAGGCGGCGAGGGGGGCGGGCCGCCUCCGCGGGAUCCCCGGCUGCGCGGGGCUGCGCGGGAAGGGGCCUGGGCUCUGCCGGCGGCGGCCGCGUGAGGCGGCGAUCUCACUAACCUGCGUCUCCUUCCCCCUUCUCUUUGCUCUGUGACCCCCGCAGUGCGGCUCUUUCUUCUCCCCCCACCCCCGGUUCUCUCGGCGGCUCCCCUGGAGAAAUAUGUCGGAAGGAGUGGACCUCAUCGACAUCUACGCCGACGAAGAGUUUAACCAGGUGAGCGCGGCUGCGGACCCCGCUGGGUGGGCGUAAGGGCUGCGCCACCGUCUCGGCGGGAUGUGGAAGGGCGGCAGGUGAGCGCUAGAAGAAGAGGCGAACUCUCCACGAGCCCCGAAACUUCGGCACGUGCUGAGGUCUCAAAAGAGAGGUUUGUCCUCAGGUGCGUUGUUAGGCUGCUGGAGCAUCCUUUCCUUGCACGGUAGAAAUACGAAAAUCUCUGUAGAAGCAAAUUCCGUUGUGUGAAAAGUUCGUUGAGUGAGAAGUGAAUAGUGUUAAAUCAGCGUUAUAACUGGAGAUUUCCUAAUAAACUCCUCACAUUUGCCAAUUGGUGUGAAUUGUUUUACUCUACAGGAAAGAAAACAUCAUGAACCAAAUGAAUGCAUGUUGGAGGAAAUGUUGAAUCACUAUUUGUGCGUGUGUGUUUUGGAAUGUAUGAAGUCUUCCUUUUAAAAAAAGAAAUAGGAAGUUAAAGCAUGAUAGAAAUAGAAAGUAAUAGCAUGUUAGUCUACGUAGUCUCUCAAGUGAGAGGUACCUUCCUGGAAUCAAGUUAACAUAACAGUUGAGGAUGCUGAAUCUUUUAGAAAUAUGUAACCUGGGUCAGUGAGCAGACCAAGAUGGUUGGUACAGUAGCUCCUGCAUAUGUGAUUUCAAGUUACAUAGUAUUCUGUCCCAUUCGCCGCACCACAUUGACACAAAAAAAUUAAACAUGGAAACUGACAGGCAAUUAUGCAGUUAAUAACAGGGAAUACUAGCACCUUCAUAGGAAAAGAUGCUUCAGUUUUGUGCACACAUUGCUUGCAGUACAUAUUCUUUAUAGCCUAAAAAGUGAACAGUUAAGUGAUGUUAGGGGUGUAGGCGGUGUAGGUAACAGCAACUUUAGUCCACCUUACAGUUCUACUUCCUACUUUUCAUGCCUGCUUAUACCUAAUAUUUUUUGUUACAAUUAUAAAUUGGGUCAUCUUAGUUAUUGAAAUGACUGUGUUUAAUGGGAGAAAGAAGUGGGAAGACAGGAUAACCUUUUCUGUCUGAUGUAUUAACUUUGUGUGAGAGUGCAUUGCACUAGAAAUCAAAUCUGGUUUGUGGUGUAUAUUGUUCCCUAUUGAUUUCAAUCCUCAAGGCUUGAUUACUGUAGCACACUUUGUGAGGCUACGCUUUAUCUAGUCCAGAAGCUUCAAUUUGUGCAGAAUGCAGUGGCCAGACUGCUCAAAGGAGCAACAUACUACUCUGCUGCUGAGGGAGCUGUUGUGGUUGCCUGUUUGUUACCUGCCUAGGUUCAAGGUACUUACAUUAAUUCACAAAACCCUAAACAGUACAGGCCUUUGCAGUACAAUUUUUCUCUUUAAUGAUGUUUUAUUGAUGCUUUUUGCUGCUUUUAUUUUUAUAUGCUGUUAACCACUUUGGUAUAUUUUGAUGAAAGUGUGGAUUAUAAAUACAUAAAUAAAUAAAUAGAAAUAAACACCCACAUGUGUUUCAAGUGUGUGUUUAUAUAUUACUUUAAAUAGAACAUUAAGAAGGCUGUGCAAUUCCAUAAGCAGUAGGACUGGAACCAAACUUACACUGAACAGAAUUAUACUGUAACCACAGAAACAUGGCAACCAGCAGCCAGUUUGUUCAUAAUAACUCCUUUAGUGGCAUUGUUCAGUGGCAGUGCACAACAACCCACGCAGGAGGUCCCAAGAGCAGUCCCUGCCAUCUCCAGAUAGUGACUGACUGCUGUCUGAAGCCCUGGAGAACCUUUGCCAGUCAGUCUAGCAAAUACUAAGCUAUAUGGACAGUGGUCUGACUUGCCUUAAACCAGCACCCAAUAUUCCUACAAACCUGGGCUGAGGAACGUAUAGCUCCAUAUGCUUUAGGGCCCGCCCCCCCCGCUACCUUUUGUCCUGGGCCACAUGGUUAGUGCUCAGGGAUUAUAGGCAUUGUCGUUAAGCACAUCUGGGGGGGGGGGGUCACAGGUUUCCUACAUGUGCAAUACUCAUAGUCCUUACUCCAGGUAAAGAUAAAGCAUAUAGUUUAUAUUGACAAGGUCCCAAGUUUGAUCUUGCCUCCUCCAAGCAGCACCAUUUCAUCUCCAUUUUGUCCCAUCCUUAACUCCUGGUCACACCCAUUCUUUCCUGUUGGUUGAUUUAUUUACUACUAUGCAUAAGUUUCAUUUCACAAGGGUUCUAGUUUAUGUUCAUUAUGUAUCCCUGUAUGUGGUUAUAGCACUAGAUUGAUUGGUGUACAAGAGAGAAUUAAUACCUAUAUGUCAGCUUUCCUGUAUCUUGGUUUGGGAUGUGUAGGAACAUUUCCUCUUUUGGGUUGACAUUAGGGGUGCCCAGUGCUAAUUCCCUCCAAUGUCAGGUGUACAUUCAGGUGCAUUCAUGUACAUGCCAUCUUGCAUUCACAACUAGUGCAAAGGCACUUAGCUGUUUUCAGUAAUUUUGAAUAUAUGAAUGCUGGUGAAACAGGGUUUCUGCUGCUGCACUAAUUGUUUUUUCUGACUGCAUGGAUCUAGGUAAUGACCACAUUUCAUCUCUGGGAGCAUUGGAUGGAUGGAUGCUUGUCUCUGGAAGGCAUGGGGUGUAUGUUAAAUGUUCCACUUGAUCAGGGAAAAUUUAUUGUAUUCUGCCUAUAGUACCGCAUUUUUAAAUAUUCUGUUCCCUAUCAAGAGUAAAAGAAGUAUAACACGAGUAUGUAAUGAAUUAAUUUUAUCAGAGGUUUUCAUAUUUCUACAAAAGUUUUCUAGAGUAAAGAAUUGUUCUUGUAAACUUGGUAAUCUGUCCUGGUGAAGGUGUUCUACCCUGAAAAAGUUUUAAUUACAACAAAUCACUGGUAUAGAUGACACCAUUAUAGCUUUCAGACAAAUAUGUUUUAUAUAUUUAUUUGAAAUUCCUAGUUGUGGCAAGAGGAGAAACAUAAAAUAUGUUGAGGACCAAAUACUCUUAUUCAGGUAUUUGUUACAUAAUUCAAAAACUUUAUAUGACUUUUGUGCACCUUCGUUGUGUGUGCUAUGUCUAUUUCUUGUAGAAUUUCUGCCUACCAUACACUUCAUUCUGUAUACUGUCAGCCACUCCUCUUUAAUGUGUGCUUACCCAGUCUUCACCCAUAUUGGCUUGUUCCCCAGUGGAUAGAUUUAGGUCACAUUCACAGCAUACUUUUAAAGUACUAUGAUACCACUUUAAACUGUCAUGGCUUCUCCCAAAGAAUUCUGGGAGCUGUCGUUUGUUAAGCAUGCUGAGAAUUGUCAGGAAAUCCCCAUUCCCCUCACAGAGCUACCAUAGUUCCCACAGUGGUUUAACAAUCAGCCCCUCUUCAUAGGACACUCUAGGAAUUGAAGUUAAGGGAGGGGAAUAGGAGUCUCCUAACAACUUUCAGCACCCCAAGAGUGCUUUAAAUGUAUGAUUUGAAUGUGACCUCAUCAGUGUACAUGGUGAGAAAGAAAGAACAGUAUUUAUAGGCCUAUAGUUGCUUCUUCAUCAUGUAUUGCCAAAGAUGUCGUCAGCCACACUUGAUCUGUUGCAGGAUAAGAAGAAUAGUGAAAAUGUACUCCCCAUUUCUUCACUGUAUACAUGGAUGGAGCUUCCUUGGGGGCAGGUGGAGGGGGCGUACUCUGGCUGUGGAUAGCAACUUCAACUUGGAUGGUGGUGUUUUGUGGUGGGUUACCGUAUUUUUCGCUCUAUAAGACGCACCAGACCAUAAGACGCACCUAGUUUUUGGAGGAGGAAAACAAGAAAAAAAAUAUUCUGAAUCUCAGAAGCCAGAACAACAAGUAGCGAAAGCAGCGAUCCCUCUUGCUCUUCUGGCUUCUGGGAUAGCUGUGCAGCCUGCAUUCGCUCCAUAAGACACACACACAUUUCCCCUUACUUUUUAGGAGGGAAAAAGUGAGUCUUAUAGAGCAAAAAAUACGGUAUUUGCUACUAUGUAUGGCUUAUUCCCCACACUUCUUACCUUUCAUGGGAACCUGCUUACUAGUGUGCAUCUCCUUUUGUAAGUACAGGAGUUGAACUUCUUAGCUGUUUGUGUACUGAGCAAUGAGACAGGCUGCUUCUGGAGAGCCUGAAAACAUAGUAAACAUUGGACACCUGCCCUUUCUUCCUUUCUUUUUCUUACUUGAAUCUCACCCAUAGCCAUAGUUGUGACAUCACUGGCUGCUACACAAGUGCAAAGUUGCACCUCCACAAUGGUUUUGACAGAUGUGAGCUAUGUGCAGGUGUAAAUGUUCCAUUUGUAUAGGAGUAGGGCUGCUUUCCAUGGUGCAAAACAUGUGGGUUAUCAAGUGUUUUUUCCACUGGAUAGCAGGGAACUGUCUUCACAUUAGAUGCUGAAUUCCCAGUUCAUUUGCCUUACCAAUCUGAUCAGGUUGUGUGCAUAGAGCUCAUAUUUUUUAAUACAUGUAUUCCAGAAUAGUUUAUGUACUGAGUCUUGUAACGUGUUUGGUGUGUGGCACCUUGUCAUUCCAUGUGCUUGUUCAAGAGUAUGAUGAUUAGCUAUGCUCUUUUUUUCAGUUGGGGGUGUACCUGAACCUCUGCUUAAGGAACAUGGGAAGCUGCCUUAUACUAAAUCAGACCAUUUGUCUCUGUAGCUCGGUAUUGUCUACAGUGACUAGCAGUGGCUCUCUGAAUUUUCAGAUGAGGGUAUCUCCCAGCCCUAUCUGGUAUGCCAGGGAUUGACGUUUUGAUAUUCUGCAUGCAGUGCUGAUGCUCUACCUUUCAGCUAUGGCCCAGUCCCAGAUCCUCUCUGGAGUGGGUUCUGAUGUAAUGGAUGCUGCUGCCCAUGUUAUUUCCCCUCGUUUAAAAGUAACUUGGUUCCCAUAGCUUUUCAAUGGGUUGUCUUUAUAUGCUAACCCUUUCAUUUCAGAGUUCUGUCCCUGUGUGUUUUGGCAGGAGGGUUAUUCACGCUUGUCUAGCGGUGGAGAGUGUAUACUGUUUCCUAUGAGGAAGUAUGAUGGUUAUCAACGUACACUCAUGGUCCUUGGAUAGAAUGCUAAUGAGCAACAUUUUUUCCCCAUUAGUUUCCUUUUCUUCCAUCUUAGCAGCAUUAGGAUUUGCACACCACAACUUCACUAGUGCAGUAGUAUUACAUGGAUGUGGGAAUACACCUUUGGACCCAGAGAUGCAAAAGUUGCCUGUAAGCUUUCUUGUCCAUAAGAGAAUCCACUGAAGAACUAGAGAAGACAUGACUAAAUAACAAGAACGAUUGGACCAAGAGCCUGUGAGCUUACUGUAUGUAGGGAUUCAUCUGGAGGCCUUUGUCAAUUUAGAGCCUUUUCAGUAGUGGCACACACCUUAUUAAAUACCUUACCCAAUGAGAUCAGUCAGGCCUUCACACUGUUUUUAAGUAGCAGGCAGAAACAUGACUGUUUAAGAAGACUUUUGACUGUCUUUUCCCUACUCUCAGUUUAAUUUGUUUAAUGUUGUGCCUUUAUGUGAUUUUCAGGAAUUACUUAUAUUCUUCGACCUGGCAUGUUAACAAUUGCUCAUUACCACUAUUUUUUAGAAUUGCUGCUCUUUUAUGUUUUUAGAUAUUGUAUGAAACUUUGUUUUGGAAACCACCCUGAUUCCAUUUUUCCCCUUAAAGGCAGGAUAUAAGUUUUUACAAUAAAUUAAUAGUUGAGCCAAGAAUAUAGCACUGGGUUCUAGGAUCAAGUUUUGGAAAUGGAAAUCUCAAUGUAUGGAAAUAGGCUAAAGAUUUGAGCAAAGUUUCAGCAAACUAUUUGUUUCCUCUGCAGAUUCAGAGUGCAAACAAGAAUGUGUUUCAGAUGCAGCUUCAUGAAAAACACACAUUGUAGAGAAUUCAAAGCCUCCGUGCCAUGCAGAAGUAAAGAAGCACAUACUAUGGCUUGGGUCCAGAGUUCCUGCAGGCAGAACUUCGCUCAAUCUGUGCUCCCAUUGGAGGAAAGGAAAAGCAAUCUCCACUGAUGCUUCCUGCCCCCUGAAAAACUGCUCUUAGGGGAGGGUGUUAAGGAAGACCCUUUGGAACAGCAUGGAAGGUGGCAGCAGGAGGAAAUCUGCAAAAAUGGCCAUCAUGGCCUCCCUCCAGCAGGAGCCAUCCCUUCUACAAAUGAAGGGAAACUCUUGAUGAAGCCUCGUGAAUUUAAAUUUUGAAGAAAAGGGUCAGACUUUCCAUGGAAUUGAGCUUUACUCUGAUUGUAAAAAGAAAUAAGAUAGUCAUAUUUCAAAUUUGAAAAGGGUCCAAAGUAAUGAAAAGCAAAGUAUGAAGCCAGUGAAAUUCCAGCUGGAUAUUUUCUAUACGGAGCUUUUUCUUACUCCAAAGGUUUUAAAACUCACUCUGAAAACUGUUUUAACAGUUACUGAUUCACUUGGAAGUACUAGGGUAGGGGUAAAACAAAAAUUAACCCCAAAUCUCUUCCUAUGCUGCUAAAAAAGAAAUUGUAUGCUGUCGUGUCUUUGGUUUACCAAUUGCAUCUAAUGGUCUUGAUUCACUUUUUCAAGUUCCAAUAAAUAUUGAUUGGCAAAAAAGGAAAAAAUUGAGAGCCAUCUAGGAUGCAGGGAGAAACUGUAAAUCAUCAAUUCUCUAUUUGUGGAAUUAGAAAUGAAUAAACUCUGGAAUUCCCUCUUGCCUUGAAAAGGGGGAUAUCAGCAUUGUAGUCUAAAAAGAAUGCAGUUUGAGUCUGAAGAGACACAAAGUGUAGCACUGUCUCCUUGGGAACCAUGGCCAGUGGAAAGAGAAUCUCUAGGUGUUCAAAAACUGCCCAGAAAUACAGCAAAUAAAAUAAAAGAUGUUACCUGUGUGAGACAUGACCAGAUAACCAUGAAUGUGCAGGUCUUUCUCACAUGAAUGCUUGCAAGCACAUUUAACAUGAUCUUUGGAAGGUUUCAAUAGCAUCAUCAACAGCCACUACCCUUGUUUCUGAUGAGUCAUCAGGAAACUACUUUGUAGUAUAUGUGUGGGUGGUGUUGCUGGAUAUGCACUGUUUUCUCCUCCCCUGUAGCUUAUGUGAUUCUGUCUUAGGUUCCUGGAGGCUAUUGGGGACAUUCUUCUGAUGGUGUGGGCUUUACAUUGCUUUGCAAUGGCAGUCAGUAUUUGCUACAAGGCUAGAGUGGUCUUGUGCCCCUACGGUCUUAGUUUAGUUGAAAGUGAGUAUCACAAGCUGUACUGUGGUCUUUACUGAGGAAAUCUAAAUAUAUUUUUCUUGAUGUCAGGAAGCUAACAAUAAGUAAGUUUCCAAUCUUCUGCUAUGCAGAUUUAAGAGGUAUUCUAAAAAUAGAAUUAAGUGCUGAUAGCUUGAAAAUGUUGAAGUGACUUGAUUUUCCUAUCACCCUUUAAUAUCACUGCUGUUCUUAAUUGAUAACAUUUUGUAAGCAGUAAUUUUUUGUAGCAUGUACCACUUUUUACUUGAAGACUUCCCAGUAUUUAACUUUAUAAAGAUUGCCUGAAGCAGGAGCUGCUGUUAUGUUUAAAAUGGUCUGAAAGACCCAAGUUUCUCUUAUUCUAGAUAAUUGGAAAGUAACAAGCAUAUCACUAGUUUUAUGAAACCAACAAAUGGUUGUGACCUUCAUCCCAAUAUAUUUACUUUAAUCCAAUUUAGCAUACUCAGGCUAAAGCCCAUUGAAAACUAUGUAACAAGCUAACUGUGAUUAAAAGUUUGACUGAUUUCAGUGGAGUUAAGCACAUCCAUCUCAAAUUAGACAGUGGCCAUGAUCCAGUACAUGCCAGAAUUCUGAUGUUCUUUAUAACAUAGGCUAAAUUGGAUUGUUUAUAUCCUGCAUGAGUUUUUGCAGUCUUGCUAGUUUAAAACAUUGAAGAAUCCUUUAGGUGGGAAGCCAUACCUUACAAUAAUCUGUGAAUUACAGUAAUAGUAAUAUGUAUUUGUUUUAUUUAUUCAAUCUAUUAGUUGCUUUUUUACCAGAGGAACACAAAGCGACUUUGAGUAUAUAAACAGACGCACAUAUUAAAACUGGCAUAAAGGAAAAAAAGAAAAAAUCUGAAAAAUCACCCUAUUUUUAAAAGGCAGUACAAGCUUUAUGUUCUAGCUGCUGCUGUGUAUACAAAUUGGGCCAGAUUAUGUUGCGUGGGAAUUUUAUAUACCACUCUACAUAAUACUGGAAUACAUAUAUAUAUAUAUAUAUAUAUAUAUAUAUAUAUAUAUCUCCAUCCAGCUUCUAGAUAACUUUAGGCUGACAGGAAUUAUACAUAUGUGUGCAUAAUGUGCAUAUUCAUGUAUUAGAAUUCUUUUACGGUGCAUUUUUUUAGCUAGCAAAGGAUUGCUGUGUGAAUCACAGUAGACUAUAACUACAUUUUCAGAAGACCAGUGAAAUAUCAUUAGAGUUCCAAUAUAAUUGUUUGCUUCUGAUAGUGACUCUUUAAGUGUUGUGAGGAUGAAAUAAUACUGCAUGAUACCUACCAGUAACUCCUCUGAAGAAAAAUGUAGAGGCUGAUUUCUAGUGGGGUUCGGUAUAAAUCUUGACACAACCUGAUCACCUUUCAUGAACAGCCUACAACAUGAUACUGCUCAAAUAAUCCAAAAUAGGGAAAGAAACCAAGAGGCCUUUCUGCCAAGUUGAGUGGCCUCUUAUAGAGGUUGGUGGUUAUGCUAUAUGUGAUAGUCUCCUUCAGUGCAUAUAUGCAACAAGGAAAUACCCCUCAUUGGAGCAGUGAGGAAAAUGAGGUGGGUCUGCACAUAGUGUAGAUUGGGGGAGGGGGGUGUAAAAAUGUGGUUCGAUUACCCAGUCCUCCACAAAGAAUGGAGAGGCAAAACGUCUUGUGCAGUAAUAGAUGGCAGUGAAACAUGCAUUCUCCUCAUCUCAGAGAAAAUGAUGGGGUGCUUGGGGCUACAUGAAAUAGCUAGUCCUGCUAUACUCUUUGCUCUUCCUUGCCACUAGCAAAAAGAGCAUGCUUCUUUUUGAGAAGCAGGUUUUAUGUUAUUACUUAAAUUGUGGAAUUUAUUAUUUGAUAUAGGUGUGCUACUAUUCUGUUACGAAAAGAACUAAUGUGGAGAAUUGGCCCUGCUUUGCCUCUGCGUGUGCUCAGUGAUAUCUUGUGUCUUCUAGGACUCUGAGUUUAGUAAUGCUGACCAGAUGGAUCUAUAUGACGACGUGCUAGCUGCCAGCUCACAACCUUCUGAAAGUUGCCCUAGCAGCUCCGAGCCACCACCCGAAAACCGGCAAGAGCAGUCUCCUAAGCCAAACAGCAAAUCACCUGCUAUCCUGUAUACCUACAGUGGGCUGCGUAAUAAGAGGGCUGCUGUUUAUGUAGGCAGCUUCUCUUGGGUGAGUGCGUUCCAUAAUCGGAGCAGAAAGUAAAGGGCCUAACAAAAACAAAACAUUUGUGUGGAAAGGCUGCAUCUGCACUUUAAUCUUACUACUGUUCUUUAAUGUUAAUAGAGUAUAGUGCCCCAUGUGAGUGGGUAGGUUUUAUGCUGCUUGCCAGCCUCAGUCCUCACAACACAUUGGGUAAAUAACUAGAAGCAUUGUUCGUUAUGACACAUUGCUCUAUUUAGGACAUUUUUACCCUGCUUUUCUCAAAGACUCAACAGUGGCUUCAAAUAAAUAAGCUGCAGCAACUGUGGAUGAAUUUUCUCCAGCAAGUAUUCCGUACUAUGCUAAAAAGCAGCACAUCUCAGAGUUGGAGAAUAUGAUGCUCUUGCAUUAGCAGGGUAACUUUUAAGAGAAGAGGAUUUAACACAUUUAAGAUACAUCAGAAAAUAUGAUAAUAGUAGAAUUGAGGCCCUUAAAACGCCAUGAUACAGACAUUUUCACAAAAUUUUCUGUAGCUGGCAUACAGACAUGAGAGUUUUCUCCUAUGAAUGAAUCUCUUAGGACCUGAGUAAGUCAUACUGGGCCUGCUGUGUCAUGAUUUAGGGUGUGUAGACUGAUCACUGCCCUAAGUACACACAGUUCUUUUGAAUACCUGUGGUAUGUGUUGGGAAAGGGAUUGCUGCUGCUGCUCCUUCAAUUACUUAGGUCUGUCUAGAACUUUCAUCUUCUAGGAAGAUACAUGUUCACAUAUGUACGCGCUCACACAUCUGCAGCUCCAAAAGUGACUGUAGUGGGAGGGGUUUAAUCAAGUGUUCCUUCAUUAGACUAUACCAGGAACAAUAUAGGAGAUUGAGAAGGACGAGUUCUCUUACUAAUAUAAGAUGAUGUGGGUUCUCUAAAAGGUUUCACAUUAUAAUGUAAUUUUCUGCUUCUUCAUACAUAGUGGACAACUGACCAGCAGCUGACCCGAAUAAUCCGUUCUGUGGGUGUUUAUGAUGUGGUGGAACUCAAGUUUGCUGAGAACAGAGCCAAUGGCCAGUCCAAAGGGUGAGCACUCCAAGACUGCUUCAUAAAAGGACCCAUCAUGAGGGGCUGUUAUUGUGGGAGGAAUGAUCUAGGGACCAGUGUGGUUGAUAAUGGUGUGCACAUAAGUCUGGUUUUCUUGCUGUUUUUUAAGGUGGCCUUAGAAGUCCCUUUUACUGUCCGGUUUGGAUGCCACUGCCUUCAAACUAAGUGACUACUUGUUAUAUGUGAUUCAGGAAGGUGGUGGGCUCUGUCCAAUUCUGCAGAGUGAUCCCUUGUCAAUGUGCUAUUUGCUGCUGCUCUUAAUAACAGCUUUAAUUUGGAGGGCAUGGAGCUGAAAAUUCUGCACUGUUAAUGACACUGUGCUUGUGGACAGCGGGGUUGGUCUGAGAAAUCAAUCAAAUCAGGAAUGAGAGAACCGUGGGCCUGUGGGCCACAUCUGGCCAUCAGAGGAUUCCCAUCCAGCCUCCACAGCCUCUUGUCCUUGGCUCCUGGGCUGGCUGUGGAGGGCAGUGUUAGAAACUGGGAUAGGAAUACUAGGAGCCAUGUGAGUGCCAAACCAAAAUGUGUAGUGGGCCAUUUUUAUUGCCCCCCCCACCAGACCAGGCAGCCCCACCAAUAAAAAUUAAAAUUGCUGCUGGGUGACUCAGGACGUCUGCAGUGUAGUGUGGCAGCAAAAGACAAGUCUUUUGCUACCUCUCUACCCUGCCAAACACCUGGGCCACCUGGCAGCGGGGCAGCAGCAAAAAACAAAGACAGAUGGAGAUGCUAGGCACCAAAAGUGGCGCCUGGACACCUCCAUCAAGUUGCAAAAGGCCAAUUGCAAAAUGUGACUGGUGCCCGCUAAUUUCAAACCCUGGUGGAACGAGCUCUCUGUCUCCCAAGCUAUCACAGAAGUGCAGCAGAUUGGAGGCACAGGAACUUCAUCUGGAUAAGUACUGCAGUGGGAGAUAAAGGGAUGAAACCCCUUGCCGGAGGGGGGCACUCACAUAGGAACAAAUGGGAGGUUUUCCCUCAAUGCAUCUGUGUGUAUGCGAGAGAGAUAAAUGUAAUGAAUGGUGUGAGCUCAUAUGUGUGAGCAGAUGAGGAUGGGGGGGUGAGAGAGGGAGUGGUGUGGCCCUGUCUAAUUUUUCCUCCCAUCCCACCCACCAAUGCUAUAUAGCAGUGACAUUUUGUAGACCUUGGGUGGGGGAAGAUUUAUUGUCUUGGAUUAGAUGGUUUUCCUUACUAGAAGUUGCUGACAGUCUUCAGUUCUUUUUCCUCUGUGACCAGGUAUGCAGAAGUGGUGGUUGCCUCUGAGAACUCCGUCCACAAACUUCUGGAGCUGCUACCAGGGAAGAUUCUCAAUGGAGAUAAAGUGGAAGUGAAGUUGGCUACCCGGCAGAACCUUGCACAGUUUGAGGCUCAGGCUCGAAAAAGUAAGUUUAGAUGGGGGUUGUGUUUGCUAAGUAGGGAACAAGGCAGAAAUACAGGGCAUUGGUUAGGUCUUAGAGAAACCUGAGCAGAGCUUUAAGCCAGAAACAAUUUGGAUGUGUGUGAAUAUCCAGGGAGUGGCCAUGUAUAUUUUCUUUUUCUGUUGCUGCUGAGUGACGCCUAAGUAGAUUUUAUUAUCCCCUUCUAUGUUGCAUGAUUUGAGGCACCCUUGAAACUGAAUGGGCUUAAGCUCUUGAAGCUGUUAUAGCUAGGACCACCCCCAGCUCCUCUCUGAACCUUCUCCAGAAUUUGUGCAGCCCUGAAGAGGUAAGGUGCCCUGUAUUGGAUGCAAUGCUCCAGCUGGGGCCUUACCUCUUGGUCAUAUAAUUCAUUUACUCUUAUUUAUAAAACACAUAUCCCACCCUUUCUCCCAAAGGAGCCCAGGGUGGCAAAGGAGGACCAUAAUAGAUGGCCCUGUUUGUCAAUUUCUGUGAAAGGUAUGCUGUUGAAUGUACUAUCUGACUUAGUAAGUGGAGAAGAGGACAGUUUCCUCUGUUGUUUGCAGAAUUAAUCUGGACAGUUAGGAUCCACCGUUUUGUAUGAUCCUGUCAUAGUCUCAACUGAAUAUAGAGUUGCAGCCUUGUCAGCUUUAGCACAGCUGCGUUUUAAUGGUCUCCAUGUUCUGCCCUAGAAAUUGACUGAAUUUCAGUGCAGAAAGUCAUGCUGUUCCUAUGUCCCUUAUCUCCACGGGGUGUCAUGGUGCUGUGGUCCAGUUCUCUGUGGUAGGAAGGUCAGUCAGUGUUGCUGAAUCAUAAGAUGAAGCAGAGCUGCUUUUAGCCCUCAUCAAGCUUUUCCCUGUGAAAAACUGCUUAAAGGGGCUUAUCUUAUCUUCACUAGGAGGUCGCGCUGGUGAAUGGCAACGCCUGACAGUAACCAUGGCACGUCACCAUUUUUGACAAGGCCUUCGUAAAUGACUUCCACCACUUUGUGAUUCCUCGCCCAAAGGGCCUGAGAAAUACAAAUUUGUUGUUUUUAGUAAUUUUAUUUACACUCUGCCUCUCUCUAGCCCCCAAAGUGGCGAACUGUAAAGCAGACAAGCCAGUACGAUAAAGAAAAACACAUGCACAAGUUAAACGUUUGAAGUUCUCUUUAUUGCACUCUCCUAUUUAUCACAAAGGAAACCUAAAAGUGGCUUCCGUUCGGUGACCAUGAAGUGAAUUUUUAAUGCAAUUCAGACACGUGCUGAGUUUGAAAUAUGAAUGUUAUUAGAUUAUCCCAGACUUGCUGUCACCAAGUCUCAUGUGGUGAUGGUAUAACAGAUUUCUGUGUCCCUAAUUAUUGUGUGUCAUUGCAAUUGUAUGAUCAUGGUUUUUUUCUUUUGAAAUGUUUCUCAGCUAUAUUUGCAAUUAAUUAAUUUUGCCACAUUGGGACAAGAUCGCAAUAUGUUUCAAAAUCCAUCUUCUCAACAUUCUCUCCAUGUUUUUUUUUAUAGGUUUUUUUUUUUUAGUUCUUUUGAUUAUUGAUUUCUUUCAAUUAUGCUUUAGAUUCUCUAUCUUGAAUAAAGGUCUUAAUUUUAAAAAAAAAUGUAUCAAAUCUCAUAACAUACUAUAGUUGAGCUUAUUGUACAUUAAAAUUCCAAAUUAAGAUGACAGCUUUUUUUAACCUGGAGUUUUUGAAAUAAUAUAUUUUUGCUUUACGCAGACAUUGUAAAUCUUUGUAAAUACUUCCUGUAAUGCCCUUCCAUAUUAUUGCCAUCUUGGUUUGUGUCAAAUAAAGUUGACUCUAAGUACAGUACUUUGGUCAGCAUGGCUUGAUUAUUUCUCUGGGGUCAAUAACUCUUCAUUGGGAAGAAUAAAGGAGUUAUGUUUCCAGAUUUAGGAAGCUUUCUGACUUUGAGGCCAAGCAACCGGCCUGGUGGAGCAAUGGUGGAUAGUAUUGAUUGCCUUCCAGUACUUGGGUAUUGUCCCCUUGUUUUUCUAACGUUGCAUUUAUUAAGAAUGUCGAUUUCUUAAUUGUAGCCAGAAGUAUUCAUGACAACUGAAUCUAGUUUAAUUCAUUAGUCAGGAUCUGCUGAUGUAUCUAAAACUAUAUUGCUCUCACAAGGACCAUAAGUUUUCUUCCAUUCCACAGAUAGUUGCUUAUUUCAGUUGCUUAUUUUAUGUAGAAGGAGAUGCAGUUUGUAUUACAGAUUAAGGUUCAGAGACUUCUCUACAUCUACAUUUUGUAUUCUAUGAGAAUGGAAAUGUUGAUUAUUUUCUGGAUGUAGUGGAAAACACUCAGUUUGCAGUAGGUGUUCAGGAAGUAGUUCAGUGACUUAAAAGUAGCAAUAUGUAUAUAAGCCUGUUGAUAUUUGCCUUUAUAUAAAGCAACGUAUACGCAUAUAUUGCAAGGUAGUUGAUAUUGGCAUAUUAGGUUUUAAUAUUUCACUUUAUUGAAGAAUUCUACUAAAAUAACCAAAUGUUCUGCUGAGUGUAUUCACUAAGCAGUAGGUUCCUGAGGUCAUUAUUUCAUGGGACAGGGGGAGGAGUGGGAGUUAAGCAUAUCUCCCAAAAUUAUGGGUCUUGAGGAUUCUGUAUAAUUGUGUAGUGUUAGAAUGUUCAGGUUUCCACUCAUUAGAAUACUUAUAAUAGGAAAGGAGUAGGGAUAACACUAUAGCCAAUUAGUGAUUUUACUGAAGAAGACCAUUCUUGCAUAAUCCAGUGCUUGUAUAGUGUUAGCUAGAAUUUCAGACACAUUUUACAUAAUUAGUCAAGAGAAUUAGCUCAGUGAGAAGGCCAUUCAUGUACAGUUUUGUGGCUGUUGCCUGCAGUUUUCAGAUGGUGGAACAAUUGCUUUGUCUGCAGAAGUUUCCAUAUUUAAUCCCUGGCAUCGCCAUGUAGGAUUGGAAAGAGUCUUCUCUGAAGUCCCAGAGAGCUACUGCCAGUCCGUGUAGAGUAUACUGAACAAGAUGUGUCAAUCACAGAAGCAGAAUUGUAAAUGUUCUGACUUGGAUUAAGUCAACUUCCAAGUUCCUAGUCAUCAAAUGAUAACCCAUUUGUGGUGUUACGUUUGCACAGUGGGCUUCCAUUAACACAUUGAACUCUGCUCAUUCAGCAUUGGAUACAACACCAUCUAUUUUAGUUGUCACUGUACCGAAGAGUGGGUUAGUCAAAUAUUCCCCUUAUAUUCAGCAUGGUUUGAUUAAUUUUUAUGCUGUCUGUCACAUUUUUGUUCUUUUCUCUUGAAGCUUCCUGAUUUUGCUUUUCCUUAAAUGAGAAAGUUCAAUACAUUUGUCUCUGAUAGUAUGUGAUGUUCUAAUCAGUUACAUUAAAAAUGAAUAUUUUAAUAUAUCUUUAUAUACAAUAUAACAUACUGACUAUGGCUGAGAUGUAAACGACAUAGACACCAGUUCAGAUUUCCCCUUGGCUAUAAGCUCAGUUACUAGGUAAUAUUAGGUAAGCCACACUUUUUCAGCCUAAACACCUAUCUAGAAUCUUUGCGAUAAAGAUCUGUCAAGUAGGAUUAUUAGCAAGUUUACUGUGCUAAUACAUAAAGCAUUUUGAACACACUAUAAGCACUAUAUGAAUGAUAAGUAUUACUUGAAUGCUCAGGCAAAAUUUAUUUCACUGAAAGUGAACAGUGUAAAAUACACUCAAGACAUUCUAAGACCAUAAAUAAAAUGUUCUCAGUUCAGUUUGGACACACUGCUAUUGUAAAUUGUAAUUAAAGUUAAGCAUUUAUUUAGCAUGUUAUGCUGCCUGUCCAUCUGACUCGUAAUCAGUGCAUGAUACAACUAUCUCUGUCAACUCAGCACACAACACUUAAGAGAGCUCUUACAGGUCUCUUGGCCAAGACUGGGAAUGCCCAGUUCCAGAGCAGGAAGGUAUCUCUCUAGAUACCUCAACAUUUGCCCAAAUCAACCCAAAAACCUGUGUGCACAUACCAGCGAAACCCACUUUUUCUCACAUGUAUGACAUAAGAGUACUGAUAUUUGGGCAAGGUGUUAUUGCAGUUCAGAGGCAUGAUGGUUGACAUGGGUGUACUUACUGGAAAGCGGGGAGAGGGUUAUUUUGUCAGAAAACUGACCUACCCAACUGCUACAGUGUUGAGCGCUUUUCCUCUUCUGUGAUGUCUGACAGGGGUGCCUCCGAGGGCUCACUCAAGGGAUUCCUCCGACUCGGUAGAUGGCCGAGCCACUCCGACAGAGAAUGCUGUGCCGCCGCCACGCAUUGAGAAGCCUCCUGUGUUGCCUUUCUUCAACCGCCCUCCUUCUGCGCUUCCUCUCAUGGGGCUGCCACCUCCACCCAUACCACCCCCUCCUCUUUCCUCAAGCUUUGGGGUUCCCCCUCCCCCUCCAGGAAUCCACUACCAACACCUCAUGCCCCCUCCCCCUCGACUUCCUCCACACCUCACUGUGCCACCUCCUGGGGCCGUGCCACCUGCGCUGCACCUCAACCCAGCCUUCUUCCCCCCACCCAAUGCAGCAAUGGGGCCCCCGCCAGACACCUAUAACAAGACCUCGGCAGCAUACAACCACAGCAGGUGAGAGCAAGCCCAUUCCCAGGAAUCUGAGAAGAAAAAAAUCAAAACUAAGCAGUGCAAAGAACAGUAGCUAAGCCUCUUGUUUAGCAAGGCUGCAGACCUAAUUCUCCAGGGGCUUAGUUAUUUUGUUUUUAUGCAAAGAGUGAUGGUUCGACUAGACAUGAAACCACCUUCUCAUUGGUGGUAGAAAAUGCCUUGCAUAGCUCUAGGGCACGACAGCUGACAACUUGGUUCGUAAAGGAUGCUACUAUGUCUGCUUUGGGGAGGGGGGCAGUACCUGGUCAACCACACAUUGCUGUUUUGAAAGGCCUUGAAUUGCCAUGUCUAUGAAUAAGGAACUGUGUCAUAGUUCUGCUUGAAGCUGUUUAUCCUCUGUGUGUGAUGGGUGUGUGUUUGUGUACUACAGCCGGGAACUGGGCCCAUUGCCACCUCCUGUCAGUGAAGCUGAAUUUGAAGAUAUCAUGAACAGGAAUCGAGCAAUUUCCAGCAGUGCCAUUUCCAAAGCUGUGUCUGGUGCCAGUGCAGGUAACCAGAGCUGGCUUUUGCUACCUCUUGCCAUUUCCCGCUCCUGGUCUCAUUCUUACCAUGCCGCCUUUGCUCUGUUAUAUUGCAGGGGACUACAGCGAUGCCAUUGAGACCCUGCUCACAGCCAUCGCUGUGAUUAAACAGUCACGUGUCGCAAAUGAUGAGCGGUGUAGAGUCCUUAUCUCUUCACUCAAGGAUUGUCUUCAUGGCAUUGAAGCCAAGUCUUACAGCAUGGGCACCAGCAGCAGCUCCUCCAGGUGAGCUUCAGGCACAGUUAUUGCCAAGUCAUCCAGCUACUGUCACUCAUGUUGCUGAUGGGCGAGUCUCAGUUGUGCUCUGGUCCCCUUCCUGGGCUUUGUACAGCUAGGUAGGAAUAAGUGCUUUUGGUAGGGGAAAGGGUCUUGUUACAGCUUGCCAGUAACUAGAUACCUCUUUGUUUUCCAGAAAACGGCACCGGUCUCGGGAUAGAUCACCCAGUCGGUCUCGUGAGAGCAGUAGGAGGCACCGAGACGUCGUCCAUAAUGAAGAUCGGCAUGAGGACUAUUUCCAGGAAAGAAGCCGGGAGCAUGAGCGACAUAGAGACAGGGACAGAGAAAGAGACCGACAUCACUGAGAGAAGUGAGAGAUGUUUCCAGGGUGCUUUACCUUUCCCAUCCCCUCCAGCCCCACCCAGUGUAUUUUCCUUUCCGAAAAAAGCACCCUUCUCUUCAAGUUGAGUAUCAUCCCUCUUGUAGAUGCUGGCUAGGUAAGGUUGAUUUCCCUUAUGCUCUGGAAGACUUUCCAUGGCAUAAUCUCACACUUCUCUUCAGUGAGUGGACUGGUCAUGCAUGGAUCUUAAGCUACCAGGGCAAAUACAUAUUGUAUUGUGUUCUCCAUGCAGUAUGUUCUGCUAGGUAAGAUUUUUCAAAAAUAAGGGAGCUGCCGGCUCCCUGAUUGACUUGCACUUUGAGUACAUGCUUGAACUGUUUAUUUUCUAACUUAGUAGAUUUAUAGUAUAUUCAGCUGGGCUCGGAAUAACUAUGUGUCUCAGGCCAACUAUGCAACUUUGUUAGGGUACUUUUCCUUAUUCCUUGCACUGUGACCAGUGGAUUGCCGUAUUUUUCGCUCCAUAAGAUGCACUUUUUCCUUCCUAAAAAGUAAAGGGAAAUGUCUGUGCGUCUUAUGGAGCGAAUGUGUGGUCACUGGAGCCGAAUUGCCCAGGGGCGAAAUGCAGAUCAUGCUUUUUUUCUUUCUUUCUUUUUCUUCUUCUUCUUCUUCUUUUUUUAAAGAGGGAAGUGGUGUUGAAACAAAGCUGCUGAUCGGCAAGUGAUCAGAAGGGAGAUAAGGGACGCUAACAAUAAAGGAGGCUGCCUGGGAUGGGGGAGGUAAAAGCCCAUGGAUCCUCAGGAUUUUUACAUUGGGUCACCUGAAAUUCACCAUCAGAUCACAUAGCAUGUCCAUGGCUACAGCCUGCCCCCCCAAAAUCACGCACCCACUGUUUUGUGGGGCCGCAAUGGCGCAAAAACGUGGUUACAAAGCACGGAUCCACAUGGAUUCUCAAGAUUUUUGCAUUGGGCUACCCCAAACUCAGCAUCAAAUCACAUGUUUGUGGCCACAGCAUGAACCACAAAAAUCAUACAUCCACUGUUUUGUUCAGAAUAUUUUUUUCUUGUUUUCCUCCUCUAAAAACUAGGUGCGUCUUACCGAGUGAAAACGACGGUAUUUCUGUAGGUUAGAAUCAGAUGCGUGGUAAAUGUGUCAAGGGCCCAGUCUAUAUGUUGCAAUAAGUCCUGGUUACUGUGAACUAGUAGCAUGCUAAUGCAAACUGCUCAGUAGCUGCCAGUUUGCUGCUGCCCUGCCAUGAAUGACAGCAAUAAUCUGAACAAGACACAAUCCACAAGCCAAAGUUUGUUCUUGACUUACUGACUAUUGUUCAAGAGAAACAAGCUGUGAUUCCAAUGUGCAUGUUAAUGACAAGCCAAUCUCCAUGGCUUAUUGCUCCCAUCCAUGCCAUGGGAGAAACAAAGUGGGAGUGCUUGGGCAGUUUUGUUUUUACGUUUGUGCAGAAAGCUACUUUCACCCUUCCUGACUGUAUUGAUUGUGUCUUAGGCUGUACCUCUGCAAGCAUUAAAUUCAAAUUCAGUCAUCAUUAGUGUAUUUGAUUUAUGGAAUCCCUGAUGAGCCCAGCUAUGACUCACAGACGUAACUAUCUCUUUGAAGAGUUUUUACAUGUGUUCAUGUUUGCUGGUCUUGUUUGCCUCUUUGUAAAGCAAACCAAUAAACCCACCAACAAAUCCAACUGACUUAUAUUACUUUGAAUUCUCAGACCUAGUAUAAGGGAAAGAAAUUGCAAAAAAGAAGAAGAGUUCAGAUCUUUUAUUUCAAGAGGCGCAUCACAGACUAGUAUUGGUAGAAUAACUUCUCUAACUUGAAAAUUAGCCAAUUUUUUCCAAUGGCAAUCUGCCUUGGGUGCCCUGGAAUAAAAAGUGGAGUAGAAACUACAAAAAUAAGUAAAACAUAGCCUUGCAACCUCACCACCCUCUUUGCCUUAUGAAUGUGACUAGCACCUAAGGUGGCGAUGAGUCUGACUUGAGAGUAAGUUUGAUUCAGUGGGUAAAGUGCUGAGUCUAGUCCAGUUCAACCAUGAGCUAAGACAACCCUGUAGCUUUGGUUCCCUAUUGCAUGUGGAAAUAACUGUGACUUCCCCACGGAGUUACAGUCCAGGGUUAAUGGGCAAAAUUCUCAACAUACCUCUUUGAAAGUGCUAUAGAACUUACUAGCAUUUCCAAUUUUGUUUUGUCUCUUUCUAGGAGCGUGGGAAGCAUUCAGUGUUUUUAUGGACUCUUAUCUCCUCUCCUUAAUCAAGACUAAAAUAUGGAGGCUUCUCCACCCCCUCCUUCCCACUGCCCUCUGCUCUUUCCGGACCCCUUGGAAGGGACUUUGCCUGCAGAACUCCAUCUGGCACACCAUGGUAUUGGGACCUGAGCUCUGCCUGUGUGCUGUCGCUGCUGCUUGAUGGAGAAGCACUGAAUGACUUGGAGGGUGGGAGGGGUUGGUUGUCUGAGCCACCGUGACCAGGGGGCCACUUCAAUCCAUGGAUUCUUGGACCCAAAGAGAAUGGUGCUUUCCACAGAGGUCUCUCGCCUCUUUCCUUUCCGUGGCUUUUUUAGGAGCACUGGGGAAGGAGCCCAUCCAGCUCGUCUCCUGCGAGAAAAACUGGUGCUUCAGCACAGUAUGAGAUGUCUGACCCUAUUCUCCCCGGAACUCGUGUCCACGAUCCACACUGCAUUGUUUUCUUAGGCAUCGAGGCAUCCAUUCCUCCUUAAAUCUGAUCCUUUUUCCAAAGCAGCUUCAGUCUCGCCCUCCAGCACCGUUGUACACAGCUUAGAAAACAGUAUUUCCCUGCUAGGAUGGAAGGCAGGCUGGCUGCUUCUUCGGGUGACCCCUCUUCUCCCUUCCUCCUUUAGUUGCGGGAAAAUGUCACCUCCUUUCUACCUGGCUUCUUCUAGAGGGGCCUGCGUUGGUCAACCGGCUCGCAACGUUGAAUCUCCCUUAAAAAAUAGAUCUGGCUACUGCAGGUCCGCUUUCCACUGAUUUGCUAACCAUUUUCCUCGCUUUGUUUCAUGCAAUAGCUGCUCCAGUUGUAACUUCUGGUGUAAACCUUUGUUUCUGGGGCCAGCCCCUCCCAGAUUGCCGCCUUCCUUGUUGUAGAGGAAGUGUUGUGAACGGAGACCAUAGAAUGGAAAGGGGCAAAGUCAAGCUGGGGCUACCUGGAAGUUACCGAAUGCAGCACACCCUAAGCAUUUUUAAAAUUCUAUGUGAUGUACUUGUUGAACGUGUUGAUUUAAGGUCCAGAGCUUUCCUUGGCCCCUGCCUCCUUUUAAAAGGAGUUCCUUUUUGGAGUGGUUCACUCAUGAGUUUGCUUCAGAUAGCACCAUACCUCACUGAUCUCUGGCAUGCCAGUCUAGGGAGACGAUUAGAGACAGUGGGAGGCGUCUCUUCACACCACCAUAUUUAGCUGUGUUAUGUAAUCGUAAGUAGGGUUUCUGGAGCCACUCUAGUCACCAGGCAGCCCUUUGAGACCAGUUGCAGCAAAAACCUGCGUGUUCGGAGCAUUAUGGGACAAAAGCACCUGCAGAGUUCUUGAUUAAGCUCUCAUCUUUGAGUUGCAACCCUUCGGGUGUUUAUUUUCAGCUUUCAUUGCUCCAUCCUAGCCUGAGCACCCAGUUACUUAAAAUCAAGGUAACACGUUACACCCUGGAAUAUGCAGUCUCCAGCAACUGGAUCUCGGUAGUGAGGCCAAGCAUCUGUUGUGUUCAUGAACACUUAAUGUGAUUGUUCAGCUGCAUGGUGAAGCCUCCCUUGUAGAAGGACCCUGUUUUGCCUCACAGAACAAUGUUGUGGCCUAAGGCGGAGGGGGUGGUGUCUGGCAAAGGAUGUUCUUGUGUGAUGUGGCACCUCCUUUUGUACUGUUGAUCACAGAGGUGCUCAGCUCUAAAUGUGGUUUUUUUAAAAAAUAAAACGGGGAAAGUUGUGUAAGCAAUGGAGUGACAAUUUAAACUGUAAAAUAUAUUAAAAAUUGAUGAUUGGAAAAGUUGCUUUUUACAUAAUGGACAUUUUUAGUUUGUUUUGAAAUAAUGGAAGUAAGAAAAGAAAGAAAUGAAACAACAGAAACAUAGCCUUGGUUCCUCUCAACUCACCCACCCCUGUUCUUCGUGAUUUGAUUUGUUUGUCUUUUUCUGAUAGGUUGGAAAUUGUGUAAUAAACUUGAUGAUAUUGUCAAUCUUUUAUACUGCAUUGUAUGGCUUCUUUUCAUUUUGUAACUAUUUUGAAUGCUGGGUGAGCUGUUUUCUAGAAUCUCCACUAAAUAUGAGCGGGGGGCAGGGGGAGACCUUGAUAUGGAAAAGAGGAUGGAUAGAUAAGACAGGUGCCAUAUUUUGGCUGGGUAGUAGCCCUUGUACAACCAUGGUUUUAUGUAUUGCUAAACUAGUUCCAAACCCACUUUAUGUACACAUAUUAAAAUGAUUUUUU